GUGCUCGUCAAAUUCCCGGGUGGCCGCUCUGCGUCGGUGCCUGAGGGCUCGCCUCUCUCCCUGGCCGCCUAUCGCGCUGGCGUGCAGAUCACCUACCAGUGUAAGGCAGGCACGUGCGCCUCCUGCGAGGUCAAGCUCGGCAUGGGGUCAGUGCGGACGUGCCAGACGACUGUCAAGAAGCCUCUCUUCGGACAG